CUGGCCUCCUUCCGCGGCAGGAGGCGGUCACGCCUUCUGACUGGGCCGAGUAGAGUGAGGGGCCAUGGGGAGCGCGAGGGAUUCCCGACCCCGCAGCCUGGGGCUCCUACUUGGCGCGGCGGAGGCCCCUCGGCGGCUGCUGGAGUAAGCGCUGCCUUUGUUCGGAUCGCCUUGUCCCUCCCGUCGGCCCAGCCACUCACGUCGCCGCGCUCCGGCCGGUCAGCCCUCGGCCCCGAAUCCCCACUUCGGCUUGUGCCGCGCGGAUGCGGCUGCCGGGCCUGGGUUUGGGCUUUGCGCGGGUGAAGAAGAGGAGCGGCGGCGCCUGGGAGGCAUGCGAUGGGGAACUGCUGCUGGACGCAGUGCUUCGGGCUCCUCCGCAAGGAAGCGGGGCGGCUGCAGCGUGUAGGAGGCGGCGGAGGAUCCAAGUAUUUUAGAACAUGCUCAAGAGGUGAGCACUUAACUAUAGAGUUUGAGAAUCUAGUAGAAAGUGAUGAAGGGGAAAGCCCAGGAAGCAGUCAUAGACAUCUUACUGAGGAAGAAAUUGUUGACCUAAGAGAAAGGCAUUAUGACUCUAUUGCCGAAAAACAGAAAGAUCUUGAUAUGAAAAUUCAAAAGGAGUUAGCCUUACAAGAAGAGAAGUUAAGACUAGAAGAAGAAGCUUUAUACGCUGCACAGCGUGAAGCAGCCAGGGCAGCAAAGCAGCGAAAGCUCUUGGAGCAAGAAAGGCAGAGGGUUGUACAGCGAUAUCAUCUUUCCAACAAUGGAGAAUAUCAAAGUUCAGGGCCAGAGGAUGACUUUGAAUCCUGUUUGAGAAAUAUAAAGUCACAGUAUGAAGUUUUUCGAAGUAGUAGACUCUCAUCCGAUGCCACAGUUUUGACACCAAAUACUGAAAGCAGCUGUGAUUUAAUGACCAAAACUAAGUCAACUAGUGGAAAUGAUGACAGCACCUCCUUAGAUCUAGAGUGGGAAGACGAAGAAGAAAUUUCAUCUUAUCAGAUGAUCAAUAUUACAUCAGAACUGUCCCUUGGAAUGAAUAGAAUGCUUCCAAUGAGAGAACGUUCCAAAACAGAGGAAGAUAUUCUCCGAGCUGCACUUAAGUAUAGCAGCAAGAAGACUGGAAGUAAUCCUACAUCAGCCUCUGAUGAUUCCAACGGGCUGGAGUGGGAGAAUGAUUUUGUUAGUGCCGAAAUGGAUGAUAAUGGCAAUUCCGAGUAUUCUGGAUUUGUAAAUCCUGUAUUAGAACUAUCUGAUUCUGGCAUAAAGCAAUCUGAUGCAGAUCAACAAAAUCGAUAGGGUAAAAUUGUGGGACCCUGUUUAUCAGUUAUGACCAAAUGUUAAAACACAACUAGAAUGUAUAAAUGGUUGUGCUGAGCCUUUUUUUAAGGGGGAGGUAAGAAACCAUGUUGUGAAUGCUUGUUAGAAAGGAGUAGGAAUGAUAGAAUAUAUCUGAAUUGCUUCAGAAUUAAGUGCAAUUUCAUCAUCUGCCUUCUGAUUUUCAAGACAAUGUCAUGUUACUGAUUGAAUUUAUUUUCAUCAUCUGAUUUCUUUGUCACGUUCCUU